GUUUGUGAAACGUGUUAAUGAUAAUUGCUGUUUUUUUAAUGUUGAUGGCCCAAAGGUUGACAUUUUUCCAGAUAAUAACAUCGGAUGUAAUAAUGAGUUACCAUUGUCGAUCUAGAUGAAAAUAAUACUGGGAGUAUGAAUCAAAGUUGGCGAUACACCAUGAUGGUCGCUGCUAACUACACAAUUGGUUGGGAACAUAGCAAUGAUCACACACUCAGUUACAGGUCUCUGAAUCUUAGCAAAGAAAACUUGACCAUGGAACCUGCAGACACCUCAGAUGUGAAAUGGAGUUUAAUUUCUUUAAUAGGAUUAAUAUUAAUGACAGCAGUUGGAAACUUAUUAGUUUGUUUAGCAGUGUGUUGGGAACGACGUCUUCAAAAUAUGACAAAUUAUUUUCUUAUGUCUCUUGCUAUUGCUGACUUUUUGGUGGCUAUACUGGUUAUGCCACUUGGAAUGAUUGUGGAAAUAUAUGGCAUUUUUCCUUUGAACCCAAACUUGUGUGUAAUGUGGGUAACCAGUGAUGUAUUAAUGUGUACAGCUUCUAUUUGGCAUAUGUGCACAAUGUCUAUGGAUCGCUAUUUUACGCUCAAAUAUCCCAUGAGAUAUGGCCGAAACAAAACCAAGAAAAUGGUCUUGUUAAAGAUAUUUUUUGUGUGGGCUGUUUCAAUAGCAGUGAGCAGUCCUGUGUGUAUUCACGGAUUUAUUGAUACGUCUAUUGUGUAUUCGCAUGGACAGUGUGUUCCAACGCUCAAGACAUUUGUCAUUUAUGGUUCUGUGUUUGCAUUUUAUAUUCCUCUCAUCAUAAUGAUUGUGACUUAUGUAUUGACGAUACAAAUUUUAUUGAAAAAUCAACGAAUGAUGAAAAGAAUAGAACGUUCCGAUUUUCGAUCCCGCUUUGAUCCUAUGAAAGCCUUUCCAAAUCUCAACAUUCCUCAAUUACUGACACCUCCUAGUGGCGAGUCAUCUGCUGUUAGUUUUAAUGAAACCAAUAACGACUCUCCACUUCAUUUAUCAUCAGAUACAAUAGCUAAAUCAAGUACCAAGUUAUGUGAGACCCCAGAAACAGAGAAUGACUCAAAUGAAAAUCUCAAUCAAUCUUCCAUUAAACUGCUCAAACAAAACUCUUACUCAUAUAAAUCUCUUCAAGUUCGGGAGGAUGAUGUGUUAUACAGACAUUCACAGCAAUCCCUUUAUGAUCCACAAAAUACUCACAUUAAUGGAUAUACCAGCUUGAAUCGGGAUAACAAAAAACAAAGAAAGCAAAAAAAGCAUUUCCUGGAAGUUCCUAAUGAAUCUUUUUUUCAAAAGAAUUAUACUUUGUCUUCAGCAAAAUCUGACAGCAGUGUGCCUAAGGCCUGUUUCAAUGAUCAUAAGUGUAUGAACAAAAUGUCAUUACAUCUAAGCUUUAACCAUUUAGAUCAUGAUUCAAAAUCUUCAGAGUGGAAUCGUAGAUUUAUUCAAAUACAACAGGAAAUGGAUCAGUGCUUACAAGAUUCAGAAAGGGAAAAAUUAAAUUCAGACAAAAAGCGUAAAACAGAAUUAAAGUUAGUGGAUGAUUUUUUGAAGUACUCUAUGCGUCCAAUGUGCCACUCAGCACCGAGCUCUCCACUUCGAGGAGGUAGUAGAAGUAAUUGUAAUAUUGACUGUGAUGACAAGUCAACGUCAUCUAACGAAUCAGACCUAAUAACCAUACGUCUUCACUCUAGGGCAAAUAACCCUUGUAGUACUAGUAAGGAUAAUUGCCUCAGUAAUGGAACGGUUAAUAAUGGUCUUAAUGAACAUAACAAAGAAGUAGGUAACAUUUCUAAAUCUACACAUCCGCUUUGUACCGAUAUAGAUGAGGAAUUGGAUGCUUCAGAUAACGAAAAUGCUAGGUUUAAAAGGAAUGGGAGUAAGUUUAAAGCACGCUUUAGAGCUACAAUCAAAGCUAGAACACGACCAGUGAUACGACAUCUUUUGUCAAAGAAAGCUGCCACUAAUGAACGUAAAGCCUCAAAAGUUCUGGGUAUUAUUUUCAUAGUUUUUGUGAUAUUGUGGUCUCCAUUUUUCAUUGUGAACAUACUGUCGGUAACUUGUAGAAUGUGCAUGUCGGAUAUAACUGCCAAACUUAUGUCUGUGAUUCUAUGGAUGGGUUAUGCUGCCUCCUUGGCCAAUCCUAUCAUUUAUACUAUGUUUAAUACCGCUUUUAGACGUACAUUUAUCAAAAUAUUGACUUGUAAAAUUCAACGCCGUCGAUCUAAAUAUGCCGAUACUGCUCUCCAUAGCUACACAACAAUGAUGCAAACAGAGAGACGAAAUACAAUGACUGUGUUAAUUAAAGAUGACUCACGAUAAUUACCUACAUGUAUAUGUUAUUGUCAUUCAAAAACCCUUUACAGGUCUCUAUAUAAAUCUCAUCUCUUCCCGGUUUAAUUUAUUGAUAAUUUUAUUACAGUACUUGGAUAGUGAUUAAAUGGUUUAAGUCUUUUGCCUAUUCUUGGCAUGAAAUCUGUUGUCCAUGUGAUAUUGAUUUAUAACUAUUAUAAGAUAAUGUUUUCAGUC